UCUCAUUACUGAGGCUGCUCUUGGACUCUUAGGUCGUCCACGCGCGUUACUCUUUUGCAGUUUUUUUUGUAUUUUUUGGCAGCCGAGAAUCGUUUUGUCUCUUUAUAUUUAUUGCGCCAUUUCGUUGGCAGACGGUUGUUAUUACUUUGCAGUGUUUGUUUGUUUCGCUGUGCGUCCGAUCUGUUUUUUUGUUAUUUCGUCACCGGAUAUUUGGCUCCUCGUGGCAGCAGAAGAAGAAGAGAAAAAAGUGUGCUGGAAGAAAUCAACGAGAAACGGCUGGUACAUGUACGUUCACCUCUGCCCCAUCGAGUGACUCUCUCACUCGCUGCUGCUGUUGGGAAAUAGAAGCUAAAAAGGUGGGGGAGAGAGAAAAGAGACACACAAACAAAAAUUCCCCAGAAAAACUUGUUUUUCCACUGUGACGCCGAGGAGGUUUUGCUCACAUUUUCUUCACGUCUAGACCGAAUAUUCUUUCCAAAAGAUUUUCCUUCAUGGCUGGCUGGCCGACGCUCGUUGUUGUUGGUGUGGCCUUGGCUUUGUUCGCCGCAGUGUCGAAUGCCGAAACUCAAGUUCCCCGUUUGGAUGGAGCCGGCAGAAGUGUCGGUGGGAACAGCGGCUACCAUGGACUCGUCGACGAAGAUAAACUGAUUGUGGAUGUGACACCGAAAAUCAGGGCCAGUGGCGCUGAAAUUUGCGCCUUCCGCAUCGUCAACAAACAUCACGGAGAGACCCCAUUCGAGAUUGUGGUGAAGGAUCGAGAGAAGGGCGAAGCUGAACUGCGGGCCAAAAAGAGUCUCAAUUGUGAGAAGAAGAAAAACUACAAGUUCGACAUUGUUGCCGUUUCCUGCGCCGGAAUCUCAUCCGAAAACGCCACGGUCCACAUCAGCGUCAAUGACGUCAACGAGUACGCGCCGAAAUUCAACCAGCCGUCGUACGUCGUCGAUGUAGACGAAGGUCGUCCCGUCGAUAAGAUCCUCCAAGUGGAAGCCAACGACGCCGAUUGUUCGGCCAAGUACGGCGACAUUUGCCGCUACGACAUCCUCAACAAAGAUCAACCAUUUGCCAUCGACAACGAAGGUGUUAUUCGUAACACGGAGCCGCUGGAUUAUGAAAAGAAUCACAAUCACAUCCUCCAAGUUGUUGCCUUUGAUUGCGGAAUGAAACGCUCCGAACCGGUCCUUGUCAGCGUCAAAGUCAACCGCGUCUGCCGUCUCGGAUGGACCGGCAUCAGCGAACGCGUCGAGUAUGUUCCCGGCUCUGGUCGGCAGGAUCUUUUCCCUGAGGCUCUGAUCAACUUGUGCGAUUUCCCUUGCCAGCCAGAAUCCAUCCAGGCACGUCUUACUUUGGCUUCCUCCCAUCUGGGCAAGAACUGCGACCGCGAUACCUACACCAUCCAGAACCAAAGGAAAUUGUGUGGAGCCAAUAGCCGGGCCAUCGAUCUCCUGCCACCACCAGGACCAGGAGCCGAGUGGACUCGCGACCUGCCCGUCGACCAAGGACGCGAAGCUGAUCAGGUUUUCGUGUUUGACGGUGCAACAGGCGUGACCGUGCCGCCGGAAGUGAUGUCUCACAACCUGACGAGAAAUUUCACCAUGUCCGUGUGGCUCAAACACGAUCAUCACGCAGGACAGGACAAACACGUCAAAGAGCACAUUCUCUGCAAUGCGGAUGAUCACCAAAUGAACCGCCAUCAUUUCUCCCUGUUCAUCCGCAACUGCCGACUCAUUUUACUUCUGCGCCGUGAGUUUGGAGACGGCGAUCUCAAAAGUUUCCGCCCGGCUGAAUUCCGUUGGAAAUUGCCCCAGGUUUGCGAUGGCCAGUGGCAUCACUACGCCGUGUCUAUGGAGUUCCCCGAAGUUCAGCUCUACGUCGAUGGCCGCCCUAUGGUUGCCAGCAAGAAUAACCCUGAAAUUAUUGACGAUUGGCCGCUUCACAACAGUCACGGACUCAACACAACUCUGACGGUCGGAGCUUGCUGGCAAGGAUCACAGAGUCGGAUGCAACAUUUUAUGCACGGAUCCAUGGCUGGUCUGUCCAUUCUGGCCGGCCAAACGGAACUCGACGAGGUCAUUGCUUGUUUCCACAAAUGCAAAGAAAACCUGGAAGCUCCUCCCAUGGAACUCCUUCAACCCGGCAUGGAAAUCCUCAACAACAACGAUUUGACUGAAUUGACGCUGGAAGGCGAAAACAAAACCAACUUGGAAGUGCUUUUGCGCAAAGUUGCCUACGCCAAUUUGAGGGACUUUCCUACACCUGGCCGCCGUCCACUUCGCCUCUACACAAACAUUAUCUGCUCUUCUGGCCGGACCCUCAAGAUCCCCGUCAUUGAGAGUGCCAUCGUCGUCCAGGCCACUCCAUUGCCUAUUGUAACUGUCACCGGACUCUCGAGCUCUCACUACGGCUACGAAUCGCUGCGUGGUGGCGUCCAUCUUUUCCCCGAUGCUCGCAUCGAAGUCAGCAAUGCCGACGCUGCCGCUGCCGCCGAUCAGGACUCUUCGUCGGAGGAAGACGAGUCUUCCGAGGAGGAAGAUUUGUUGAUGAACAUUGCCCAGCGCGUCGAUUCGUGCACGGCUACAGUCUACCCGCCGUUGAAUCCCGAUCACGAGACGCUGACGUGGCCGCAGAACCUUCUGAACCAGUUUAAGAUUGAGGCCAAAUUCAGCCACGACGGUGUCACGUUGAUGGGCAGCGAGUCGACAAACCACUACGAACAGAUCCUGCAUCAGCUGCAGUACAACAACCACAAACCUGCUUUCUACUUGACACGAGCCUUCAAAUUGAUCUGUUCGCAGAUGAGCGGGCGCUUUGCCAGCAACGAACUUGUCCACACUGUCACCGUCGAUCACCCUCAAGCGUCAUCAUUUAUUGAUGGAUCGACAUCCACCCUAGUGGCUGCUUCGACAACUUCGGCUGCCUCAUCCAGCUCGUCUGCUGGCCAUUCGACCGAGCCGUCCACCAGCGCUCCGCAACCACCGAGCCAACAGAUGUCGAUGCACCAGAGCAAAACGGCAGCCCCGGCUCACGCCAAGAUUGACCGGCACCACGUCGACAUCCGUCCCGUUGGCCCAAUCACCUCCAUCUCGGAUGUUUACAUGGGAAUGGGUGGCACCGUUCAGGGCCACCUGUCCAACGGCGCCAGCCACACCGUGACGAUCAUCGUGAUGGUUUGCGCUGGUUUCCUCCUUUUGAUGAUCAGCCUGGGAGUGGUGCGCGUCCGUGCCGCUAGGCGCCGCGCCCAACAAGACGAGACGACAGCCGAUACUGAAAUGGCUUGGGACGACUCCGCUCUCACCAUCACCGUUAACCCGAUGGAGACGUUGGAGGCGGCCGAGAAGUCGACCAUGACACGAACUUCGCUCCGUCAUGACGAUUCUGACUCUGAAGAUGACAGUUGCCAUGGCAACGAUUCAUCGGACGAAGACCCAGAUGAUGAAGAUGAUGACGACGAUGACGACGGAGGAGUUUGCAAAGCCCGCGACCUCGAGUGGGACAAUUCCACUUUGAGUAUCUAAAAAAACAAAAAAACAAAAACAAAAAAAAAAACAGCAGACGCAGCUGAUAUCAUUCUUUAUUUGUUGUUUUUGUCUUAGUUUUUUCCUUUUUUUUUUUUACAAUUUCUUACUUCUUUGUCGUCCAAAACCAAUUCGCUCUCUAUCUUUACCUUCUAUGACAAACAUUUUUUAAAAAUUUCGGUUUCUAAACUAAAAGAAAUAAUCAUUGACAAAUUGACGGCUUCUAAAUAGGCAAAAAAAAUGGGAAAAAAUCAAUAAUAUUUACGGUAUCGCGUAUAUAUAACACAAAAAAAGACAGACAAAUUAAUUGCCGGAUUGUUGUAUCGUAUACAUUACCAUGUCGAUGUUCGUUUCCUCUCUCUAUUUCUAUUCAAUUCUACUCUAAUUUUCAUCAUUUUUAUUUUUUUUUGUGUGUGUCUCAUUUUCUACUCCUUGAAAAACGUGUAACAAGGCAAUUAAUAGUUGUUGUUCGUUUCCUGAUGAAACAUGAAAGACUACCGAAACACAGGAGACUCCAUUUUUUCA